ACUCCACUCAGAGGAUGCGGAGUGGGAGGGAGCAGAGUUGGGAUCUCCCAGGAUACGCGGCGCAGGGCUACCUGUGCGCACACGGCGAGUCUACGCGCACUUUGACGCUGCCUCUCGACUCAUUUUCUGUGCGCCUCAGCUUUUCCUCCCAAGAACUGAACCGGGAACCACCAGGGGGGCAUGGAGGCACCCGCAUGGGAUAAAACCCGGCGGAGGGACCGCGGGAUAAACUCCAGGGUAACCCGGAGAGGAACGACCCCGCUGGAAGUGCUCUACGGCGCGGGACUCCUCUGCUUCCAAGUUCUGUCCAUUCAGGCCAUCUCCAUCCAGUUCACCAAGGAGCCCAAGUCCCAGGAUGCUUUGCACGGCCGCAGCGCCAUGCUGCGCUGCGAAGUCGGCAACCCGGCCAACAUCACGUACGAGUGGUAUAAAGACGACGAACGCCUGGAGAACACGGAGAGGCGCUUCCAGGAAGGGAGCAACCUGAAGUUCAUCUCGGUGGAUCGGCAGCUGGACGCCGGGAGCUUUUACUGCAAGGCGCUAAAUUACGGCACAGGAGAGAUGCUGACGUCCACUGAAGCCUCCUUCAAUAUUAAAUGGCUGGAGAGUGGCAAUGUGACUUUGAAGGAGCCGGUUCCUGAAGGGGAAAUCGAGAGCUCCGCCACGGUCGUGCUGCGCUGUCACAUCGAUGGACACCCGCGGCCGACCUGCCAGUGGUUCAAAGACGGGGUGAAGCUGACGGAGAGCAGCCACCAGAUCAACAACAAGGAGAGGACUCUUUCCAUCCAGAACGUCACUCCGGACGACAACGGCCUGUACUACUGCUGCGCCAAAAACGCCGCCGGCCACGUCUGCAGCAGCAGCAACUACACGCUCACCGUCAUAGAGAGGCUGAAAUUCACACCCACCCCCCAGCAAUCCCAGUGCCUUGAGCUGGAUAAGGAGAUCACCAUCCAGUGCUCCGCCAAGGGCCGAGAGCCCCCCACAAUCCGCUGGACCAAAGCAGACGGAGGAGAGCUACCGCCGCAUGUGAAUCAGUGGAACGGCUAUCUGCGCUUCACCAAUGUCACUCGCAGCGACGCUGGCAACUACAUCUGCAUCGCCUCCAACAGCCUGCAGGGGGAGAUCAGAGCCCUGGUGACCCUCACUGUGGCCGUGUACAUUCGCUUUAAGGUGGAGCCAGAAAACACAGCUGUGUUCCAGGGACAGACUGCGGUCCUGCACUGCCAGGCCAGCGGUGACCCCAAGCCUCACAUCCACUGGAUGGUGAAGAACAGGCCCCUGGACCUCACCAGGGACAGCCGAAUCCAGAAGAUGCCGAACGGCUCGCUGAUAAUCAAAGAGGUCACCACAGAAGACACGGGUCGGUACACAUGUGUGGCCGGGAACAGCUGCAGCAUCAAAGACCGUGUGGCUCAGCUCUAUGUCGUGGACCCGAGGAGGCGGUAACUUCAGGGAAAGCCGGGGCCUGAGCUCCAGCACUGUGGACCUGUACACUGGAAACUGAGCGGUACCAGAGGGUGCACCUCCACAUCACUACGCAUUUUGACGGACCAGAGCUGUUUAUGAAAGAACAUAAACCGUUAGCUCUAUAAGCAUUAUCUUAGUAUGCAGGACUGAAUUAUAUCUAUAUAUUCACCAUUCUGCAUUGUGAUGAUUAAUGCAUCGACACUUGUUGGUAUUCUCAAAUAAAAAAAAUUAUUAUUUUUUUUUUU